AUGCACCCUUUCCGACUGCCAGUACCCGAGCUAUGGGAGGAUAUCCUUCAGAAGAUCAAAGCCACGGGCAUGCGGAUGGUAUCGAUCUACACACACUGGGGGUUUCAUGCCCCAACCCCGGAGAAUGUGGACUUCAGCACUGGACCCCGCAAUAUAACCCGCUUUCUCGAGAUGGCGAAAGAUAUUGGUCUGUAUGUCACGGUCCGGCCGGGCCCGUAUAUCAACGGAGAGCUGAGUGCUGGGGGCAUGGCCCUGUGGGCGACGACGGGCGAGUACGGAACACCGCGAUUAAACGGCACGGCCUUUACAGAGGCUUGGACGCCGUAUCAGGAUUGUAUCUCCCAACUUACGCGGCCCUUUCAGCUGACCGAAGACGGAACGGUUCUCAUGUACCAAAUCGAGAACGAGUACGCCAAACAGUGGAGGGACGUAGAGGCUCGGGUUCCCAACCUAGAAGUCAUCUCUUACAUGGAAAAGUUGAAGGAAAACGCAAGAGCGAACGGCAUUGUCGUCCCGCUCAUACACAACGUGCCGAACCGGAGUGGCCCGUCGUGGUCCAAGGACUACGAUACCGUUGGUGCCGGUGGGAACGUGGAUAUUUAUGGUUUGGACAGUUAUCCACAAUGCUGGUCCUGUGUCCUCGAGCAAUGCGGCGUGAUCACGCCUUGGGCCGUCUCCAGCUACUUCGACCAAUUCCAGCUCGCGUCUCCCAAGCAGCCGUCCCUGAUGCCCGAGUUUCAAGGCGGGGCCACGACCCCCUGGGACGGUCCGCCUGGUGGGUGCAAGGAGCGAAUAGGAGUGGACUUUGUUAAUUUCUACUACCGGGACAACAUUGCCCAGCGGGUUACCAUACUGACCCUCUACAUGAUACACGGCGGAACUAACUGGGGCUGGCUCGCGGCACCCUUCCUUGGCAGCAGCUACGACUAUGGGGCUGCUAUAGCUGAGGAUAGGAGUAUUGGCGACAAGUACUAUGAGAUCAAGAACCUGGGCCUGUUUACAAGAGUUGCUGACGAACUUGCGUUGACCGAACGUGUGGGAACGGGCACGGAGUAUACGAACAACACGAAGCUGUUUACAACCGAGUUGCGGAACCCCGAGACAGGGGCAGGCUUCUACGCUAUCCGGCAUGCUGAGACGGCUUCGGCGUCAGAGGAGUGGUUUGCCCUCAAAGUAAACACCAGCAUUGGGGAGUUUUUCGUGCCCAAGAUUUCCGGCGCCGUUGUCCUCAGUGGGCACGAGGGUAAGAUGCUCUUGGCCGAUUUCCACUUUGGAAACCACACGCUGUACUACUCGACCGCUGAGGUUCUCACGUACUCCAUCAUCGAUGGGAGACCGGUAUUGGUGCUGUGGACACCCACUGGCAGGACGGGGGAGUUCUACCUACGGGGAGCUAAAGAGGGAGCCAUUGCCUCAGGACCAUCCGUGACUAUUUCCACAAGCGAGCACGGGAUCAUCGUUGGAUAUUCACAGAAAGAGGAGAUGACGGUCAUCGACUUUGACAAUGGCGUCAGAGUGGUAGUCGUGGACAGGAAGACAGCGUACAAGAUCUGGGCUCCGGCCCUGACGAACGAUCCUAAAGUACCUGUGGACCAGACCGCCCUGGUCGUCGGCCCCUACCUCGUCCGCACCGCCCUCCUCACCGACAACACCACCAUUUCCCUCACCGGCGACACCAACCGCACCAUCCCCCUCGAAGUCUUCACCACCUCCGCCAUAACCCGCAUCCGCUGGAACGGCAUCGACCUGCCCACCACCCAAACCAACCACUCCACCCUCGUCGCCACCAUCCCCGCCCCCCCAACUUCCUACCAACCCCCGCAAAUCACCGCCUGGAAAUCCCGCGACUCCCUCCCGGAGCGCCUCCCCUCCUACACCGCCACCUCCCCAGCCUGGACCACCAUCAACACCACCACCACCACCACCACCUUCCCCCUCUCCGCUGACCGCCACGGCUUCCACACCGGCACCCGCCUCUGGCGCGGCCUCUUCACCACCACCCCCGGCAACUCCACCACCCCAACAGGCGUGUACAUCUCGGUACAAGGCGGCACCGCGCACGGGUGGUCGGCCUACCUGAACGGCGCGUAUCUCGGGUCAUGGACGGGGCGCAGCGAUGUGGCGAGGGGGAAUUUGACGCUGCCCUUUCCGGAGGGGGCUUUGGUAAGUAGCGGGGACGUGGAAAGGUGCGUCAAGCGGGUGGAACUUACCAUCUUCUGUGAAGAAUUCAGGGCUUCGCAGCCCUCGCUGAAUUAG